UUUCUAUCAAAGAAGAAGACAACGUAACUAAAGCAAACACAAAGAAAUGAUGAAAGCAAAACGACUACUCGUGGUUGGAUUUUUGUUGUCUCUACUCCUUUUAGUCAUUCACACAACAGAGUCCAUAACUGAUAAUGAAGAGAACGCAAACGUUAACGUAGAAGCUGUAACCGUAAGGGAGCAAAACCAAUCAAACAGAGGGAGACGCAGUGGUAGCGGUCAGAAUCGUGGACGGAGAAGCUGCGAUCCUCUCUAUCAAUACUUAUUCGGAACCUGUGGCCAUUGGCCUUUUCCUACAACACCUUCACCCGAAAACCCUUUUCUCCCUUUCCAACCACCGCGUCCACCACCACGUCCGAGACCGCGUCCAAGGCCGUCCCCACGUGUACCACCACCUUUGGUUCCAUCCCCACCACCACCACUGUGUCCGAGACCGUGUCCAAGGCCUUCCCCACCUCUACCGCCGCUUGUGCCGUCUCCACCACCUUUGGUUCCAUCACCACCACCACCUCCGCCUGCACCGCUCGUUCCUUCACCUCCUCCUCCCUCUCCGCCACCAUUUUUCUUCUUCCCUUCACCGCCACCGCCAGUGAUAGUGUUUCCUCCCCCUUUGGUGCCGUCUCCUCCGCCGCCACUACCAGGUGGUGAUCCGACAUCACAACCUCCGCCGUUAUGGCUACCACCACCACCAUUUCAAGAAGAAACGCCGCCGAUGUUCUCUCUUCCACCACCGGAGGAUGAGUUUCCACCUAUGCCACCAAUAACUUGGCUGCCUCCUCCGGAUGUUCCCGCCUCGUCGGUAGAGACCUUUGAUCAGUUUCCUCCACUGUUAAUUGAAUCCCCUCCGCUCAAACACUAAUCAUUUUCUGAUUCUCUUUUUUUCUUUUCUAUCUAGCCGGUGUACGAUUACUAAAUUACGUAGACGUAA